CCGCCGCCGCCGCGCCGCGGCUUGAGGGCGGGAGGCUGGGGGAGGGUAGCGGAGCCGGCGCCGCCGCCAUGUUGGGUCUGAGGCGGCUGCUGUAGGCGCCGACGGAGCGAGCGGACUUGAGGAGCAGCGACAGCGACGUGGGAUCUGCCUCUCUGCGAGCGGCCGGGAGCGGCGGCGGCGGCGGCGCCAUGAGCGGGGGCACCCCUUACAUCGGCAGCAAGAUCAGCCUUAUCUCCAAGGCGGAGAUCCGCUACGAGGGCAUCCUCUACACCAUCGACACCGAGAACUCCACCGUAGCUCUCGCCAAAGUUCGAUCCUUUGGUACAGAAGACAGACCAACAGAUCGUCCAAUACCACCUCGUGAUGAAGUCUUUGAAUACAUCAUAUUCCGUGGGAGUGAUAUUAAAGACCUCACUGUUUGUGAGCCACCAAAACCACAAUGUUCUUUGCCUCAGGACCCAGCUAUCGUUCAGUCUUCACUAGGCUCAUCUACUUCUUCAUUCCAGUCAGUGGGUUCCUAUGGACCUUUUGGCAGGAUGUCGACAUACAGUCAGUUCAGUCCAAGUUCAUUAGUGGGGCAGCAGUUUGGUGCUGUUGGUGUUGCUGGAAGCUCUUUGACAUCCUUUGGAACAGAAACAUCAAACAGUGGUACCCUAUCCCAAAGUAGUGCAGUUGGUUCUGCCUUUACACAGGAUACAAGAGCUCUAAAAACACAGUUAUCUCAAGGUCGUUCAAGCCCUCAGUUAGACCCUUUGAGAAAAAGCCCAACCAUGGAACAAGCAGUACAGACCGCCUCGGCCCACUUACCUGCUCCAGCACCUGUUGGGAGGAGGAGCCCUGUAUCAACCAGGCCUUUACCAUCUACCAGCCAAAAAGCAAUAGAGAAUCAAGAGCACAGGCGAGCUGAAGUACACAAAGUUUCAAGACCAGAAAAUGAGCAACUCAGAAAUGAUAGCAAGAGACAAAUCGUUCCAGGUGCUCCUUCAGCUCCAAGAAGAGGACGUGGAGGUCAUCGAGGUGGCAGGGGACGAUUUGGUAUCCGACGAGAUGGUCCAAUGAAGUUUGAGAAAGACUUUGACUUUGAAAGUGCGAAUGCACAAUUUAACAAGGAGGAAAUUGACAGAGAGUUUCAUAAUAAACUUAAAUUGAAAGAAGAUAAACUUGAGAAGCAGGAAAAGCCUGUAAAUGGUGAAGAUAAAGGAGACUCAGGAGUUGAUACCCAAAACAGUGAAGGAAAUGCAGAUGAAGAAGAUCCACUUGGACCUAAUUGCUACUAUGAUAAAACCAAAUCCUUCUUUGAUAAUAUUUCUUGUGAUGACAAUAGAGAACGGAGACCAACCUGGGCUGAGGAAAGAAGAUUAAAUGCCGAAACAUUUGGAAUCCCACUUCGUCCAAACCGUGGCCGUGGCGGUUACAGAGGCAGAGGAGGUCUUGGUUUCCGUGGUGGCCGAGGACGUGGUGGUGGCAGAGGUGGUACCUUCACUACCCCUCGAGGAUUUCGUGGUGGAUUCAGAGGAGGUCGUGGGGGCAGGGAGUUUGCAGAUUUUGAAUACAGAAAAACCACAGCUUUUGGACCCUAAAAUAGGUCUGGAUUGAUCGUACAGCUUUCUGAAAGAAAGACAACAAAGUUGCUGCAUAGUCUACAGACAAGUCUUUGAAAGUAGGUGAAUUUCUAGCUCUUCAUGGUCCUGAGAAUUGGUUCCGGUCUUUGAGAAGAAGGAAGAGGUGAAUCCGCUGUAUAUUUGUCACCAGCACUGGGUGUUUGUGUGUUUUUUUCUGCUUAAUUUCAAAGAUCCAAUGCAGUUACUUUGGGGGGGAGGGAGGGGGCGGGAAGGCUCAUCUUAAAAAAUGAGCAUUAAAUAUAUUUGGAAUAGCAGAAGGUUAAGUAAUUUCUUAUGUAUAGUUAAACUACAACAGUACUUCAAUGGGACUUAUAAGUAUUUUUUCAUCACUGAAAGGAUUUUUCUUAUCACUAAAUUGUAUUUGGCAAUGAUUGUAAGUUGCCUGCAGAUAGGGCCGUGAUACUGUGUUUUGAGCCACAGAAGGUUGUGUGUGUGUGUGUGUGUGUGUGUGUGUGUGUGUGUGUGUGUCUUUCUCUCUUUGUUUCUUUCUUUUUGGAAAUCCUGUAAUAUCCCUUUUGAGGUAGCUUAUUUCGUCAAUUAAUUAGGGUGCUGGAUGGUAGAGAAUUUUGUCAGUCAACUAUGUAAACACAGUAAAUACUGUUUCUUAGGCAAAGGUAACUUUUUUAUAUAGUUGUAAAAUUCCAUUAUAUUCCAUUGCCAAAGAAACAUUAAGAACUUUGUAUAGCUGUAUAAAAAGCAACUAAUUUUUUAAAGAAUAAACAUUUUAAAGUCAGCAAACAUACUGUGUCCUUGCAGAAGUUGAUGUGCUGAGGAGCAGAGCUAUGGGUGGUGGGUCUUUUUUCAUAGUUUUCCAGGCUUGAGAUUUCUGAUUUUGAUUUUUUUUUUUUUUUUUUGUAUGUUUUUUUUUAAUGUUUGGAACACAAAUGAGGAUUUGAUAAAUUUCUUCCAUUACCUGAAAAGGAUAAAUUACUCAUACUCAUUGUAAGAACUUCAUUUUAUAACAAAUGGCAUAUCACAGGAUUUGUCCAAAUAAUAAAUAUUUUCAGUAUAUGAAUGUAAAUAAUCAUAGAUAAGAAUGUACUUAGCUGUAUUUUCAAAUAAGCACCCUCCCCUUUUUUAAGACAAUAAAACUGGGCAUCAAUUAACCUGUUCUUCCAGAUAUGCCUGGAAUUUUGUUGUAAUACCUUGAUUCAUUCCAUUAUAUUUCAAGAGGAUUCAGAGUGUUAGAUAUUAUUUUGGCAACCUAUAAGAUAUCCUAACACUGGUCCUUGGGCCUGUGGCCCACAAAUGACUCAGUAAUAGAGUUCAUUGCUAAUUAUAAAUCACUAGUAAAUCUUUUUGAUAUUUUAAGCUAUAGUGGGGGAAAAUCUGGCCAUUUUUGAGUUUUUAUGAAGGCCAUAGAAUAAAGGGAUCCAAAGAUUUAAAUAUUUUUAUCUAUUUUGAUUUUUGUUAACUUUGUCCUUAAAGUAUUCAAUAGUGAUAAAGAUGUGGAAAACUGCACUGUAGGAGAAUUGGAAUAUUUAAAGAUGGUUGAUAUUUUUAAUUUUAAUUUUAUAUCUUUUGUAUAGCUACACGGAAAUGUUUUGUAAUUUGGUUUCAUUACUGAGGUCCAGUUCUUGCCAGCCAUAGUUUAGGUAAUAUUGCUUAAUACUGUUUGCUUGCAUGUUAACAACGAAACCUUUUGGAGGACCCACAAAUCAUGAUAUUGAACACAUUUCUGAAGCAUUCUGAACAUCAAAGCAAAUGCUAUGACAGUACCUAUGUAGAUUGUUGGAGAUGUCCCGGGCCAAUUCCAAGAAAAGCUGUAAAUACCAGCUCUACAUGCUCUGAAAGUAUGCAUUCGUGUGUUUUCCAAGGCCUCUGGGUCACUGACUAAGGCAUUUUUUGCCCCAGUAAAAACUGGCAGCAUGGCAUACCUGCAGUGCACCUCACAAUAUUAAAGCAAGGUUUUUAUUCUAAGACAGAAUAAAACUGGUAAAUAAAAAAUGUUCGUCAAAGUUCUUUCUCUUAAAAUAAUAAUGCCAUAAUAGAGAGAAACAAUGAAAGACAUCUUUUAAGUAUAAGAAUGGAAUUAUGGUUAUGUUUAUAUUCUCUCAAAUAACUAAAUUAAUUUCCAACACUUUUCCUAAGACUAAUUUAUUGUUAUAGGUAAAGCUAGAAGCUCCGUUCUCCCCCACUAGAGUGUGGAGUGUUCUUGAGUUACAGUCCCUGUCUUGAGAAGACUAAGCCAGCCAGGCACAGGCCAGGCUGGAAGCCUCAGGCUAAAAUGCUUCCUCUGUGGGCAGGCAAGUGUGAAAGAGAAGAGAGGGAAGCUGACUCCUAAACUCAUUUGUUGGAUAGACCAUUUCUUCCCCCCGAAAAGCAGGACUUAUUGUAGGGGGUAGGGAGAGAGGUCAGGAAUGUUAAUCCAGCUCAGUGGCUCUUAAUCACAGAUUGAACUGAUAACCAGAGAGCAUUUAGAGGAGUAUGAGGGGAUGUGUUUUGGUUGUCACAGUGACCAGGGACCACCACUGGCAUUUAAGAGCAAGGGCCAAGGAUUGCAAAAUCCUACACCAUACUGGACAGUGCCACAUAAUCAGCUAUCCAGCCCAAAGUGCAACGGUGACCCUUCCAUUCUGAGAAACACUGGCUGAGUUCCCUCCACAUGAAAAGACAGUGAGUAGGGAAUUCAUUCUUCUCCCUUCCCCAAAAUCUUUAAAAACGUUUACUGAAAACGUGGUCUUCACAUGGACUAUGAAAGAUCGAGGUAUAAAGGGACCUUACUUCCAGUGGCACAAUGUUUUGGAAACCCAUUAUCACAGGAAUUACCACUUCAGCCUGGUCUCUUUCAAGAAAUGGUUCACAAAUCUCUUCUCCAAAUCAGCUGAGGAACAUUUUAAAGUGCAAAUUCCCAUGCCCACAUCUGGAGAGUCUGAGUCCGAAGUUCUACAGAGGAGCCUGGGCAUCAGGCUAUGUCCCCCAGGUAGUUCUGAUCACAGGAUUAGAAAAACAGCUUUAAAACAGCACAGCCAGAGGCGCCUACCUGGGUAGCUCAUUCAGUUGAGUGUCCAAGUCUUAAUCUUGGUUCACGUCUUGAUCUCAGGGUCAUAAGUUCAAGCCCCAUGUUGGGCUUCUGCACUGGGUGUGGAGCCUACUUAAUUAAAAAACCAAACAAACAAAUAUAUAUGUAUAUUUACUCGCACACACACACACAUACUCACACACAUAUGCACACAGCACAGCUCAUCUAAUCCAGCCCCCUCCUUAAAGGGCCUUGGUAAAGUUUUCACAGUAGGAUUAUUUUACCAUUUCUCCAUCCUCUCAAAUCUAGUACAUCUUGGUUGCAACUGGGGCAGGAAGAGGGGGGAAGGACUAAGAGUCAGGAGGGAGCAUUUCUGCAGGACAGAAUCCAGCGAAAAACAGGGAGACAGAGACUCAAGUUUCCUAUGGGUUUGGCUGAUUUGAGUGCUGAGACUUGGUUUUUUAUUCCUAGCAUACAGGAAAAGGGUGUGGGUUGUUUCUGUGUCUCAGUUUUACAUGGCUGUUGUCCCUGUCUCUGUGGGUUAUCUGUCUGAAAGAGAAGCUGCACCUUUCACAAGGCCAUGCUAAUCACUCAGAUCUAAUUAUGUCCAGAUUCUAGGAUCCCCCUGCCCUGUUAUUAGUUCAGAGCUGGUUUAAUUUGUGACUGUGGGGAGAGGUCACAGGAUAGAGUAAGCAAGGUAAGUGAUCUCUCUUAGGACCUUACAUGUCACCAAUUUGCUUACUUAAACCAUUUUGACUGUGGGUUUGUUUUUUGUUUUUUAAUUAUUUUUGAGAGAGAGAGAGAGCACACACGCGGGAGUGGGGGAAGAGCAGAGAGAGAGAGAAACAGAAUCCGAAGCAGGCUCCAGGCUCUGAGCUGUCAGCACAGAGCCCGACGCAGGGCUCGAACUCAUGAGCCGUGAGAUCAUGACCUGAGCUGAAGUUGGAUGCUUAACCAGCUGAACCACCCAGGCGCCCCUUGACUGUGUUUUUAAAAGACAACAGGCUUUAUUUGUACAUUGGAAGCCAAUUUAGGGAAGUAAAGUAGCACCAUUAAUCUGUGAAUCUAAGAUACUAAAUCGGGGUUUGCUCAGAGCAGACUGCCCUAGCUUCUCCCAAGAUGGAGAAACAGGGAUAACUUCUUGGAAGAGGUAUUCCCUGACUAGCAAGGAGUUGGUCAAGUUAGGGAAGCAAGGGAGGCGUAGCUUUGAGCAGCAGGGGCUUGGCAGCCCGUGGCAGCCAGGCAGCCAGGUAGUGUGUGCACUGGGUAGCUAGAGGUGCAGGUCCCAGGCAUUGCUCUUGGGGUAAUCCCAAACUUCUGAGGAGGUGUGAUGGCAAAGGUUCUUCCUGUGUUUUUCAGAGCCAGUGUUAGUAAAAGCAAGUUUGUGGUUUUGAGACAUUUAUAAAUCUGGCUUCAGGAGCACGUGGUGAGACUAUGAAUCUAAUGUGGUUUCUGUUCUCAGUGAUGGUGCAGAGCUAUGAGCCAGUGGUGUGGGUGUCCUUUAAAUUUCAGCUUGGUUCAUAUUUAACGAACUUGGCUGACUGAUUAAAAUGUUUUCAGGUUUAGCUCACAAACGGAUCAGAAUAGACCUGAAUCUAAUUCUAGUUCAUAAUGAAUGUUGAUUUUAAGGAAAUGCUUUAAAGUGCACUGAUGUCCAUGUUGUGGUUUAUAAAGAAACAAAGUAGCACUGUGAGGCAAAAGCAUAUUUCAGUUCAAUAAUAAGGCUUUCUUAAAGUGACUCUCCCGUUUAGGAAGUCUUGCUUUUGCCCCCAGACUGAAGAGUAGUCUGAGAGUGCAAGGAAAGAGCAAAGAAUACCAGUCUUGAGGGAGUGUGAGAAACUCGGGCCCAGGCGACAUUGUGAUGAAUUCCAGUGAAUGGUUUUCAGUCCUCCUGGUACAGAGGACAGGAACAUGUUUACUAGAUGUCUGGAGUGUGCCCCUGUAAUCCUAGUGCUCACCUAAUCCGGGUAAUCCUCCAGUGCUAGCCUCACAUAGGAUUGCUGAUGAGAAUGCAGAUCCCAACAUUGCAGUUCAGGGUUUUGCUUGUGCCGAAAUUGUUUUGUAAAUUUUUUUCUUCAUGGGUUAGUUGGGUGUUGGUUAUCACUUGCUCCCUCCCCAGUGUUUAGUAGCAUUGCUUUGUCCAGGGUGGGUAUGUGGAACCUUGCAGGUUGCAGUUUAUAAAAUGGAAUUAGGUGUUGUUUUGUUUUAUGUCUAUAAAAGUAAUACAUUUAAAAAGAUUGUAGGCAGUAUGGGGCACCUGGCUGGCUCAGUUGGUAGAGCAUGCAACUCUUGAUCUUGGGGUUGUGAGUUCAAGCCCCGUGCUGGGCUUACUUUAAAAAAAAAAAAAAAAAAAAAAAAAAAAGAA